AUGAAUAAAAGAGGAGUGAUUGAAUAUAGCAACGUUGGUAAUCUAUUGGACAAUGUACCUGUAGUCAAGACCGAUGGCGAUGAAGUGUUUGAAUCGUUAUUUGACAAACAGGGUAUCAAGAUUGAAAGAAUCGUAUCGAAUGGACAAUGCUCACCCGACGACUUUUGGUAUGACCAAGAACAAGAGGAAUGGGUGUUUUUGAUCAAAGGAAGUGCUUCAUUGGAGAUCAAAGAUGACAAGACACCCACCUCGACAAGAAUGAUUGACCUCGUUCCAGGAUCAUAUGUGCAAAUACCUGCUCAUUUAAAACAUCGUGUUGCAAAGACCGAUACAACUCAACAAACUAUUUGGUUGGCUUUAUUCUUUCCAUCUUCUAAAUUAAAUUAA